GCCAGCUGGGUAAACAUGGCGUCCGGACGGGGGUCGCUUCGCGGCUCUGUGAAAAAUGCUGUAUUUUAAUUUGAAUGCGAUUCGUGCUUUUUAUAAAAUGUAUCCAGCAAUGGUUCAUGAAAAUCAAGACGGAUUAUCCCAUUGACGCCGCCGCUCCUCGGUUCCUCUAGACGGACGUAGCCUUCAGCCCACCGUGGGGAUCACUGCAGGCUGAUUGCUUUGAUUUAUGCCAGCUGACUGUAUUAACUGUAUUUCACCACCACCCCAUGAAUGUUGCCUUUUAACAUGUUAGCUUCGGCUGCUUGUUCUGCCUAUUGCUGCUGAACCUCUAUAGCCGAACAGGAUGUACAGAGCGGGAUCAUUCGACAGAACAGCGAAUGGACUCUGAUCUGACAGCUCCAGUCGUGCGGUACGUGCUGUGAGGUUCUGAUGCUUUGCUUCCCCUCUUCAUUAUGAUCGGCUCACCGGACGUGGUGGCUCUGACUAGAGAAGAUGAGAAUGGGGAAGAGAACGCCGACCCCCUGGCUCUGCCCGACGAGUUCUCCGUGCCUCUGUACCCCCACGCCAACUCCAACCCCUGGGCCAAGACCUCGUACGCUAAGUUCACCAAAGACUUCAUCCUCAUCUCGGAGUUCUCGGAGCAGGUCGGCCCGCAGCCUCUGCUCACCAUCCCCGACGACCCCACGGUUUGUGGCACCUUCGACCUCAACUACUUCUCCCUGCGGAUCAUGUCGGUAGAUUACCAGGCGUCGUUCGUGGGCCACCCGCCAGGGAGCGGCUACCCGCGACUCAGCUUCGUGGAGGACUCGCGGGUGGUGCUCGGGGACUCGAAGGAAGGGGCGUUCGCCUACGUCCACCACCUCACGCUGUAUGACCUGGAGGCGCGGGGCUUCGUGCGGCCCUUCUGCAUGGCCUACGUGUCCGCGGACGAGCGGAAGAUCAUGAUGCAGUUCGAGGAGCUGAGCCAGCGCUUCUCGCAGGCGUCCGAGUGCCUGAAGGCCGGCAACAGGAGAGCGUUCGCCAAGGAGCUGCAGAGGAAGCUGCAGGACCUGGAGUACACCCGCUUGGUGCUGCGGAAGGAGGAGGGGCUCCAGAGGGAGGCGGCCCCCCCGGGGAUCUACUCCUCCCAGGUGGUGGAGAAGGCUAACGAGCUGGCCAACGUGGAGAAGAGCAUCUACGAGCACCGGGACCUGCUGCGGCAGAUCAGCUCGUACCCGGGGCGCCCCCGCCGGGACCCCCAGGCCGCGCCCUGCCCCCGCUGCCUCACCGAGGGGACGCGCGGCUACGAGGACCUGCUGGAGAAGUACGCCACGCUGGACCACGCCCUGCGGCCCGACGGCCCGGGGGCCGCGGGGCGCAACGGGGAGGGGCCCGGGGAGGGGGAGGAGGGCGUGGGGCGCCGGCCGUCCUACACCCCCCAGCUCAUCAAGGCCAAGUCCCCCAAGUGCUUCGACAAGCGGCUGAAGACGCUGUCGGAGCUGAGCGAGAGCCGCUUCCACGCGGCGACGCUGGACCUGCUGCGCGGCACGGAGCGCCUCUUCAGCGGCGACCUCUGCUACCAGUACAGCCGGCGGCUGGACCGGGCGCUGCGCAGGAAGCAGCAGGCCACCAACUUCCUGUUUGAGGAGGACCCGGGGGAGGACGUGGGGGGCGACGGGGAGACGGCGAGGCCGGCCUGCGCUCUGAGCCACGCCGGCGACGGGCCCUGGCCCCCGCGGCCCCCGCCCAUCGUGCUGUGUCCUCUGGCGCUGGAGCUGGAUGCCCUGCGGCCGCCGGGGCCCCUGGACCCGGCGGCGUGGGAGGGGCCCCUGCGGCCGGAGCGGAGCCGCCCGGAGUCGUCUCCCUCGGACCGGACCCCGGAGACCUCGGAGGACACCAAGUGCAGCUUCAGCAGCGAGCGCAGCGCCGAGGGCCCCGGGAGGCCCCGGGACCAGGUCCGGAGCCCGGCCAGCGCCCGGUCCGACCCCGCCGACCCCGACCUGCUCUUUGACCCCGACCUGACCCCUGAGAGGCAGAGCACCAGCGAGGGCACGGAGACCACGGGCGGGGAGGACGAGGCGGAGAACGGGGGCGACCGGACCCCCGCGUCCCCGCAGGGGGCCCCCGCCCUGCAGACGGACCUGGAGGCGGCGCUGGGGCAGAUGGACGCGGCGUGCUGCAUGGCCCAGGAUGCCUUCCUGUACGAGGGCUCGCUUGGGGACGCCGCGUCGGACGCCGGGCUGGACGGGCCGCCGGCCGCCGUGGUCAGCCAGGAGCCCCAGGCCUCACCCGCGCUGCAGGGGGCCUACGCCGUGGGCCCCCCCCAGGCGGAGCCCCCCGCCGUGGGGCCGGGCCUGCCCCCGGUGGUAGGGGGCGGGGCCACGGACGACGGCUCGGACCGCACGGUCAGCGCCUCGGCGGGGUCGGACCGGGCGGGGUCGCCGCCGUGCUACGGGGGGGGCGUGACCCUGCGGCAGAGGAAGAGGGCGGGGCAGGGCGCGCUGCGCUUCGUGCGGCAGUACCCCUUCGCGCUGCAGGCGCUGUGGUGCCUGCUGAGUGGCCGCACCCUGGUGGUGCUGGGCUCCGACGAGGCCCGCGUGCGGCGGAUGGUGUCCGCCCUGGCGCUGUUCGUGCCGGGCCCCGGGCCCCGCGGGGAGAGGGUCCAGGCCUGGCUGUCCUGCACCCCCAGCCUCGCCGACCUGCACCGCUGGAAACUCAUCGGGCUGCAGAGGCUGGCGUCGCCGCUGGGCUCCAGUGGGCUCCACUCCCUGACGCGCUACAGUCGCUACCUGUCGGUCCUGGACGCGGACCAGAAGACGCUGCGCUGCCCGCCGUACCGCGGCACGCUGCUGGCCAACAUGGCGGACCACCGCACCUCGCUGCGCCGCGGCUCCACCUACUUCCUGCACGUGCAGAGCGCCCUGGGCGGCCUGGCCUCCAAGGCCUUCCUGCUGGCCUUCACCCACCACCUGCACCUGCCCGUGGGCCCCGGCGAGGGCCCCGAGGCGGUGGAGGCCCGGCGCCGCGGCUUCCUGCAGGAGCAGCUGGGCCUGGGGCCCCAGGACGGCCAGGUGCUGCUCUACCUCAGCGGGCUCGUCACGCAGCACUACCUGGGCCCCCCCCCCGACGCCGCCCCCCCCGCCUUCUCCUUCGGCUACACCGCCAGCCUUUUGUACAAGAUCUGACCCCCGGGGGCGGGGCCACGCCCUCACAGGCCACGCCCUCACAGGCUACGCCCUCACAGGCCACGCCCUCACAGGCCACGACUAUCCAUAGGCUUUUAAUGGACAUGAGGGAUUUUUUUAUAGCAAGACUUUUCUUUGUUUUUUUAACUUGGGUUUUAGUCACUUGCUUUCAGGUUCCACUUGAUACGAGCCGAUAUGUUAUCUAAUCCACUGCUAUUCGCCCUUUGCUCUCUCUCUCUACCUCUCUCUCUCUCU